GGGAAAUAUCGUGGGGAGACAUUGGUGGGGCUCCUCACUCCGUGGUGCAUAUCGGCGCACGAAGAACGGAAUCAACGUUUGAUCGCUCAGUCUUCGCCAGUCUGCGUUCGCCUUCAAAGUCCGGCUGAGACACAGUGCCCCUCUUUCCUUAGUGACAGAUCUAUAAGUAGAGAGCAGAAUGUCAGACCCCGUAAGCCCAUCCCUCAAGGACCUUCCCAAGGUUGCAUUAGACUUUAAAAGCGAACUGGAGGGCUUCAACCAUGGCUGUAUGAAGAAGGCUGCAACUGCUGAGAAGAAUGUUUUGCCUUCGGCUGAAGACGUGAGGCAGGAGAAACAACACUGCGAGCUUAUCCAAGGAGUGGAGAACUUUAAAACAGAUCGCUUGAAGCAUAUCGACACCGUAGAGAAGAUUGUUUUGCCUAAUGCCCAAGAUGUAGCUGCAGAGAAAACGCAACAGACUUUGAUUGCUGGAAUUGAAGCAUUCGACCCGGCCAGACUAAAGCACACAGAAACCCAGGAGAAAUAUCACCUUCCGGACAAAGAUGCCGUAAAAGCCGAGAAACAGCAUCAGAAUUUACUGAAUGGCGUCGAAAGUUUCAACAAAGCAGCUAUGCGACAUGCUGAGACCCUUGAAAAAAACCUUUUACCUGACCCCCAAGCCAUUCAGGAGGAAAAGGGAAAGCAACAACUUAUUUCUGGAAUAGAAAACUUUGACCCGGCAAAACUGAAGCAUGCAGAAACCCUUGAGAAAAAUCCUUUGCCUACCAAAGAAGCGAUCGAUGCCGAAAAAGUAGCUGCUUAAACAGCGUCGGAAGUACUUAAACAACAUGCAGCCACCCAUCAUUUCUUCAUUCUCUAUACCCUAACAUUUCGUAACUAUUAUUAAUAAACCUAAUAUCAUAUGACUACCGUGAUAAUAUAAUCUCAUAUUAAAUAUUUAUAGUUGCAUAAAUUUAGCGAGCUUUAUAUCCUGAAACACGUUUGCCAAAAAAUUGAUGAAACCUAAAAACUCGAUAUUCUACUACGAGAUAUACAAUUGAAGAAACGAAUUUUGAACCGCGUCUACGGGAUAUAAAUGUAAGAA